AGCUCAGCCCCCAUUCACAUGUUAAUAAGCCCCUAUAAAUACUAACAACAGACACCCAGCGCCGGCAGCACGUCUCACUAGGAUUGCACAAUAAACACAGGGCGCCUCGCUUCUGCCUGAGAGCUUGUUGUCGAUUUUUUUCACCCUAACCGGUUCCGUUUGCCAGCUGCUCCUCUGGAACAAGGAGCCUCAGAAGAUCCGAGCAAACAUGGCCCCCUCGGCUCGACCCAGCAGCUCCGAACUGGAUAUGGAUGAAGAAGAGUCUUACUAUGGGAUUCACAAAGCGGACAGAAAGACGAGGAAGCCUCUGGUGGAGAAGAAGAGGAGAGCUCGCAUCAACGAGAGUCUGCAGGAGCUGCGCACUCUGCUGGAGGACUCGGACCUCCACUCCAAGACGGAGAAUGCAGAGGUGCUGGAGAUGACGGUGAAGAAGGUGGAGGAGGUCCUGAAGAACCGAAGCCUAGAAUCAGACACACUCACCCAGGAGGCCAGCGAGAGGUUUGCGGCUGGAUACAUCCAGUGCAUGCACGAGGUCCACACGUUCGUGUCCACCUGUCCCGGGAUCGACGCCACGGUGGCGGCGGAGCUUCUCAACCACCUGCUGGAGUGCAUGCCGCUGAACGAGGACCACCUGCAGGACGUGCUGAUGGAUCUGAUCACAGACACUUCUGGGAGUAACGGCAGCACUUGGCACGGAGGCGACUGCUCGUCGCUGGCCUCCCCCGGGGGACGGAGUAUAUCCAGCGGCUCGUCCUCCGCCCACUCCCCGGCCCCGUCCACCACCUCCAGCGAGGACCUGUGCUCCGACCUGGACGACACCGACAGCGAGCACAACCAGAGCUCCUCCGAGGGCCCCGAGAGCCGGGAGGCUAUAGUGACCUACCAGAGGUCCAUGUGGAGACCCUGGUAAGGGUUUGGAUAUCUUUUUAGGAUGUGAGACCGGAGUAUUCAACCCUAGCACACAUAAACACUUCAAAAUAAACAUUUCUUUGGUGCUGCACAAUGCAUUUCUUGACUCAAUAAGCCCUGGCCACAAACAUGGACUUUUCUUUAGCUGGAUCCCCCAGAGAUCAAUUUGUCGUUGUGUGGAGGAACAUCUUUUUCCCACAGUAGAGUGGUGCAGGAAGGAGUCCUAAAACCCAGAAAUGAGUCAACGUUUUACCACUUUCGGGGCAUCAAUGGUUUUUUGAUUGGUUUUUGGCAAGAAGCCUGAAAUAAGGUCUGUGGUUGAAACAAGCUGAAGAGAUUUUCACGUUUUGUUUGUUAAAAAUGGCGGUUGCUAACAAGUGACUAAAGAGGACUAUUAAACGUCAUCACGGCGAACAUUAGCCGCCUUUAGCUUAGCGGGGGUGAUGCGGAGCCAUUCGAAAAUUACAAAUUAGUAUUAAUAUGCGGAGAAUGUCCUGCUGAAAAAAAACGUGUGCCAUCAUCAUUUCCACAGAUCAUAUUUUCUGCAAUAUUCCAAAAUCCAAUGGAAAAAUCCCAUUGGCUUUUUGUUGAUGGAGCCAUUGGGGUGCUGACUUCCUGUUCUGCCUUAAAAAAAACGUCAUCACUGCACCACUGUAUUGAGCGUGUGAAUCGAUCCCUUGGCAUUCUGGGAGACGUAGGAAUUAGAGCUCUCCUUCAUCGAAAUACAGAGGUCUUUCCUGGGCAUACACCCCCCCCUCCCGCUCCCUUUCCCUUUCAGUAUUGACUCCCUGGCUUUGAGUCGUGUGGAAGAAGGAGGAAACAUUCACUUAUAACCCGGCAAAGGACAGACGAGGAACAGAUCACACUUUCUUUCUUUCUCUUUUUUAAACUCUGUGUAUAUAGGAUUUGUAUGUGGAGAAAAGCUCUUGUAGAAACCGAGAAGUUUGGCAAUGACUCUGAUUAAUAUAAAUAUUUCUAUUGUAUUUCAUAAAGGCCUGUAGUUUAUCGGACCAGUAGCCUCCUUCAGAACGACCACUUUAUGUUGUAACGAUGUGUAGAAAUGCCAGUGAAAAUGUCUGAAUUUGAUAAAUAAAAUAAUGUAAUUGAAAAGCUGACUUGACUCGAUGUCUGAGGACAAAUAGUAUGUUCCAAUGUUGAAAUAAAAUAUGGUAAUCUACAUUUAUUAAGUCAUACUUUUUAAAGGAUAACAGGUGAAUGUCUGUAAAGUGAUUCAGGCAAAUAAAAUUGUCCUCUGGUGAAA